AUGACAAAGCUUACUGGGAAAGGAGUUCCCUUUGUGUGGAGUGACGACGUGGAAAAAGCUUUUGUGAAGCUUAAGGAGGCAUUGACUACGGCACCGGUAUUGACAUUACCAGAGCCGGGUAAGCCUUAUGAUGUGUACGCGGAUGCAUCCAGGAUUGGACUGGGAUGUGUUUUGAUGCAAGAAGGCAAGGUGGAUGGAGUUCAUCGCGGACUACGAUUGAAGAUCCAAUACCAUCCUGGGAAAGCCAAUGUGGUGGCGGAUGCUUUAAGUCGAAGAAAGCUGGAGGUGUGUAGAGAGAAAGAGUUGGAAGCUCUUAAUAAUGAGUUUCAGAUGAUAAGGCUUUCAGCCUUGGAAGGAGAGUCGAGUGAACCUUUGGGGUUUCAAGCUGUGAAUCAAUCAAGUUUGAUCCAAAGGAUUCGUGAAGCACAACUUAGGGAUGACAAGAUCCGUAAGAUUGUGGAGAAGAUUGAGGAUUCAGACGAGGAGAACACGACUGAGUAUCAAUUGGCGGAAGACGGGACAUUACUUGUCCAUGGAAGGAUCUCAGUUCCUGAAGGAGAUGGGCUACGAGAUGAGAUAUUAAGGAUUGCACAUCAAUCAGUUCUUAGUAUUCAUCCCGGGAGCACAAAAAUGUACAAGGAUGUACGAAGGUACUAUCAUUGGCCGGGUAUGAAGAGAGCGGUAGCGAAAUGGAUAUCGCACUGCCAAGCGUGUCAACAAGUCAAGGCGGAACAUCUUGUACCAGCAGGACUACUUCAGAGUCUGCCUGUACCAGAAUGGAAAUGGGAUUCCGUGGCGAUGGAUCUAAUCACCGGAUUGCCAGUCGCAAGAGGGCGGAUGAACAAUUCCAUAUGGGUCAUUGUGGAUCGACUGACGAAGGUAGCUCACUUACUCGCUAUUCGAGAUUCUGAUAAAGUAGAGACUUUGGCGGAGCUCUAUAUUAAUCAGAUAGUGAGGCUACAUGGGGUGCCGGCCGACAUAGUGUCUGACCGCGACCCAAGGUUUACGGCCAAGUUUUGGAGGGCGUUACAAGGGGCGUUAGGGACCGUACUAAACCUUAGUACAGCCUUUCACCCGGAGACGGAUGGACAAACGGAGCGGACCAUCCGAACGAUAGAAGAUAUGCUGAGGUUAUGCAUAUUGGAUUGGGCUGGAGUUUGGGAAGACUAUCUACCAUUGAUAGAGUUUUCCUACAACAACAGUUACCACACAAGCAUCGGCAUGUCUCCAUAUGAAGCACUAUAUGGGAGACCAUGCCGAACGCCCUUGUGCUGGACGGAGGUUGGAGAGCGGAGAGUUUUUGGGCCACAGAUAAUCGAUGAGACUAUGGAGAAACUCCAAGUUAUUCGAACUAACAUGAGGAAGGCUCAGGAUCGGCAGAAGAAGUAUGCUGAUCAAGGAAGGCGUGAAGUGAAUUUUGAGGCCGGAGAUAUGGUGUAUCUCAAGGUGUCGGCUCAAAAGGGGAGAGAUCGAUUCGGCAAGGUUGGCAAGUUAGCUGUGCGCUACAUAGGGCCAUACCGAAUCAUUGGACGAGUUGGAGUAGUGGCUUAUCGAUUGGAGCUACCUCCAGACAUGAAUUUGCAUCCUGUGUUUCAUGUUUCUUUGCUAAGGAAACAUGUACCGGAUCCAAAUGCCAUUGAACGGGAGAGGCCGGAAGAGCUUAGGAGAAACCUAACUUACCCGGAGGGACCUCUCAAGAUUGGUUUGAGACGUGUUAGAGAGUUGAAGAAUCGGAGGAUUCCUCAAAUACAAGUGUAUUAG